UUUGAAAAGUAUCACAAUAUCGCACAGCUUUCUGAUUGGACCUUUUUACCUACUAGUAGGCCAAUAUGUUAUUCAAACGAAAACUUUGACAGAAACAGAUUGGACCUCGAAGAUUCAAUAUUGCAAUACUGAGUGAAUGUUUUUUUUAUCCGUAAAACGUAGUGAAAAAACCAGAAAAUGGAAUCCGUUUCGUCUAAUCUCGAUGCCGCAGAUAACGCCAGCCGAAGUCCAAGAAAUAUAAAUCAAAUGAAAAUCUUUUAUGGCCAUUUGUGUGAAGAUGUUAAUUCGUCAUUCGACAGUCAAUACUAUCCCCGGCCAUGCCACUACCGUUCUACUGACGGAGGUUCACCUCGUCCUGGCCCUUCUUUCCAAGUCUCUGCUAUCGGUAGUCGGUGUCACCACUCCAACAGCCUAGAGAAUAGACGUUCAACACCCCAUGGUUCUUCUUUUAUAUGCGAUCCAUCGCACCGUAAUCGUUUUCCUCUUCAUCAUGAUGUUUCACGCCGCAAUCAGUCCUUUACGUCAAGCAGAACAGACCGUGGCCGUGCUGAUCAAGCUUCUGUCGUUAGUGGUCGAUAUCCUCAACCAUGUCAUUGUCAUCGUUCACGUCGCGAUCAGCCCUUUACGUUAAGCAGCAUAGAUGAAAGCCGUGAGCUUCCUGUCCAAGCUUCUGUUGUUAAAGGUGGCAAUUCGUCGUUUCCAGUGUUGUGCGGCCCGCAACCAACUCACAAUCGUCCCACCAGUGUCGACCGCUCUUGUAACUGUUUAAAUUGCCGCGAAUAUAGCAGAUUACGUCGAAAACGUAGCGCCUUGGACGAAACUGAUGGAAAUGUGGCAUUGGAAACAAGGCACAGAUAUCGAACAUCUUGCCGUCACCGUUGCUGUUUCCCUAACGAUGCUUCCCUCGUGAGUUUUUCGGAAGGAAAAACAGACAUUUCAUGGGCUCACUCGAACAGUAAUAGUUCCAGGACGCUCUCGUAUUGUCACAAGUGUUCAUUGGAUCACUCCUAUGCCAGCCAAGGAACAUCACAAAAAAUAAUGAAAAAUGCAAGUACAAGUCCAACGUGCCUUUCAGGGAGAACUACUCCAUUGGGACUAGUUUCAGCAUUUAAAGAUAGUCAAUUUCAGAUGUCGCAGGUUGACAAAUGCACAAACCUGAGGAAUGAAGGUUCCAGAAUAAUAAUACUAGAAGAUAUUCAAGUCACAGAUUCUGUACAGAAUCCUGCUGUGAAUCCUGACUCUCUUCAGGAUGUUAUAAACGUGACACCAUUGAAUACAUUAGAUAUAACGAUUGCACCUUCCUUCGCUGAGGUUGUAACAUCAACUCCCCGCGCAGUGCGCAGGGAAGAUUAUGACGACAGCUGUACAUUGCCAGCAAACUCAGAAAACUUUUUGGUAGACGAUGACCUGGAGAAGGACGAUCUUAUGUUUUUGAACGACUUAACUAUAUACGAAUAUUUUGAGAAGUAUAAUGAACUUAUCAAUGUUGAAGAGAGUGACGAAAGUGAUGGUGACAGCGUCAAUCUACUUGAUAAAGAAAGAACAUUAAAAGAGAAAAAAACAAAUAUGCGAGAGCAAAAUUUCAAAAAACGAGAAAAAGGUUUGUCAUAUACUCGAAAAGACGGAACGAAAGUGCCAGCACGAGUCGUGAAACCACCGUGUAACUGCAAACUGAAGUGUUUCGAGAAUCAAAAUCAGUUUUUGGCAAACCAUAUCGAAGUAAAGAACACCGCCAGACCCCAGGUCAUCAAUCCGAGACGCGCAUACAGCCGAACGUACAAGUUGCCAAGCAUCAAGGGAUCAAUGAAGGUCUGCAAAAUAAUGUUUCAAGCAACGUAUGAUAUCGGGAACAGAAAAAUCCGAGUACUAGCCGAAAAAAAUGUCACCGGUUUAGGUUUCGCUGCGGACGAUGGCCGUCAAGGAAACAGCAACCGUCAACCGAUUAGCGAGGAUCAUUUGCAGUGUAUAAAGAAACACAUUCUGUCGUUUCCUGCGUAUUCUAGCCAUUACUCGCGAGAAAAAUCGAGUAAACUGUAUUUGUCUAGUGACUUGAAUAUUCGGAAAAUGUAUGAAUUCUACACGGAUAAAUGUGCUGUUGAGAAUGUUACACCAGUGCAUUAUAACAGCUAUCGCCUAGUGUUAAAUUCAAUGAAUCUAAGCUUCAGAAAACCGAAGGUAGACACAUGCGGAAAAUGCGAUCGACUGAGGAUGGAAAUUAAACUGGAGUUAGAUCCCAGUAAAAAAGAAGAGCUUGAGCUUAUUCUGCAAAAUCAUCAAUCUGCUGCGACAAAAGUAUAUAUAACUACCAAGAGGAUCAAACACGCUCCAGAAGUACCGGUUCGCCUGGAGAACCUGAACAAAGUGUGGACCGACUUCUCUACUGUUCAGUCGGAACUAGAAACUCUAGAUGAAGCCGGUAUGGAACAGCAUCUGAAGGAUCGAGCCACCUACGAAUCGGCGUACUACAGGGUUAAAGGGUUUCUCCUGUCCGUAAAUAAAUCGCCACAGUCGUCUUCAACACCUCCCGCUUCGACUUCUACUUCAAACCAGCAAGGCCCUACGCCAUCCCACGUUCGUCUACCAGGCAUAAAACUUCCGGUUUUCAAUGGAAGUCUGUAUAAUUGGCUGAAUUUCCAUAACCUCUAUAUCUCUCUGGUGCACUCAUCUAACGAUCUGUCUAAUAUACAGAAAUUUUACUAUCUUUGCUCUUCGCUCUCCGGUGAUGCUCUUAAACUUGUUCAAACGAUUCCCAUCACAGCUUCAAAUUAUUCCGUUGCAUGGAAUUUAUUGGAAGAGCAUUAUAAGAACAAGCCACGGUUGAAACAGUCGUACCUUAACGCCCUUUUCGAGUUCGCUCCUCUCCAUUCGUCGUCUACAACUAUGUAG